AUGUCUUCACCACCGGUGAAGCCCUGUCCCCAGUCUGGACUUUCAAAGGCACUGGACUCUCUGUCCAUGUCUUCUUUUUUAUCUGGAGAAUUAGACGAGGAUGGGCCGGACGGAGGUCGGGAAGAAGAUGGUCUUAGAGACCUGGAAGUCAAUCCAUAUGAUGGCCUGCCUUUUUCUUCCCGCUACUACACGCUACUGCAAGAGAGGCAGCAGCUUCCAAUAUGGACGCUCAGACAGAAUCUAUUGGAGUGCCUGGAGAGUCACAACAUGGUGCUGCUCAGCGCGCCCAGCGGAGUCGGAAAAAGCACGCAGGUGCCACAGUGGUGUGUGGAGUAUGCUUUGUCCUAUGAAUUUUCUCAGGGCCUGGUGUGUUGUUCGCAGCCUUACUCGGUGGCAGCGGUCAGUCUGGCCUUUCGUGUGGCCGAUGAGAUGGACCUCAGCUUGGGCCUGGAGGUGGGCUACGGGGUGGCUCAUGAUAACAGUUGUACACCGGACACCUUACUCAGGUUUGUCAGCGAUACUCUCCUGCUUGAGGAAAUGAUGUCCGAUCCGUUGCUGCAUCAAUAUGGCGUCGUGGUGUUGGACGAGCUCCAGGAGCGCACCGUGGCAACGGACGUACUGCUCGGCCUGCUGUGCGACGUCUGCCGUCAGAGGCCGGAUAACUUCCGUGUGGUUCUUCUGACUCACCCGAGUCUGACUCCUCGACUCGCUUCCUUCUUGGGCCCAUCUGUACCUCACCUCUACUUGGGAAAGCUUUUCACUGAGGCAUCUUCAAAUGGACAAGAACAGGAAAGUGCGGUAGAGGAGGAGAGGAACUCUAGAACCCUGAAAAGGAUGGAGAUCAUGUACCGGGAGCUUUCACCUGGGAAGGAGCCUGUGGCUACUGCAUGUCACAUGGUUCUAGAUCUUCACCAAAGAAGAGAAGAGGGCGAUAUGAUGGUGUUUCUUGCUAGUGUACAGGAAAUAGAAGAGUGUGCUGCACAACUCGAGGCCGCGCGUGUAGGCCUGAGUCCUCAACUUGGUUCACUCAAGAUUCUCCCGCUCCACACCGGACUAGGUGGGCUGACUCAACGAGUGUACAACACAGAAGUGUCUACGCACAGGGAGAAUGACGGGACGGAGGGAAAGGACAGCACAACGUUGGAUGCUGAUGAUUCAGGCAUUCAGAGAAAAGUGAUCCUCACUAACGGCCUGGCUGAGGCUUCCUUCUCACUACCUGCCAUUCGCUAUGUGAUAGAUACAGGCCUUCAACUCAAAACUGUUUACAAUCCUCAAAUAAGAGCAAACUCGCAGAUCUUGAAAACAAUCAGCAAAACACAAGCGGACAUGCGAGCUCAAAGAGUCAAUAGCAACCUUCCUGGGCUGUGUUUGCGCCUAUACCCCCAGUCUCUGUACGAUGACGGCAUGGGGGAAGCUCAUUGUCCCGGGGUCAUGGAGGAAAAUCUCAGCCACCUAGUCUUGUUGCUCAAGAGACUGGACAUUGCCGACAUGGGUCAAUGCAAAUUCCUUGACAGACCAGCCCCUGAGGCUUUAAUGCAGGCCUUGGAGGACUUGGACUACCUGGCAGCACUGGAUGACGAUGGUAACUUAUCAGAAGUAGGCAUCAUCAUGUCAGAACUGCCACUGGAACCACAUCUGGCUAAAGCCCUGAUCGCAGCCUGCGAGUACGACUGUGUCGAUGAGCUGCUCACGAUAGCCGCCAUGCUGACAGCUCCAUCCUGCUUCCUGAGACCAGAACCGAGCAAAGAGGAAGCUGCAGUUGCUCAAUGGCGACCUCUAAUGCACAAUGAAGGCGAUCACAUGUCUCUCAUUAACAUUUACAAUGCCUACAUCAAACAUAAUCAGGAUGAGGUGUGGUGCGCGACACACUUUCUGAACCACGUGGCCUUGCGCCUGGCCGGGGUGAUCAGGGCCGAGCUGCUGGAGGUCAUGCAGCGAAUAGAACUUCCUGUGUCACAUCCUGCUUUUGGGUGCCAAGACAACUGCACAAAUAUCAAGAGGGCUCUCAUCUCUGGCUUCUUUCUCAAAGUAGCUCAUGAUGUGGACGGUUCUGGUAACUACCUCCUGUUAACUCACCGGCACGUGGCUCAUCUGCACCCUCUCUCUUCCUACCUGUGUCGGCAGCCUCGCCCCACGCCUCCAUCCUGGGUUCUCUACCACGAGUUCACGAUUUCCUGUGAUAACUGCAUUCGCAUAAUAUCGGAGGUCCACCCGAACAUGCUGGUGGAGUUAACACCUCAGUACUUUUUGGGAAACCUGCCCUCAAGCGAUGGCAAGGAACUGCUCAUCAAGCUGAGGCAGAAUUUGGAGCCUUAUGAACGAGAUGCUCACGGAAGGAAUCCCGUAGACGGGAAUACCGAUGGAACGGGCGAGACUCAAUAUCAGUCUAGCACUGAGAUGUGCGUUGUCCAAUGA